AAGUGGUUGUACUAAAACGUCGUCGAAACGUAAACAAACAACAGAGCAAAAUAAACGUACUCCAAAUUCCUUUGGUCGUUGUGUUUUAUUUCGUUUCAGCCAGCUCGCCUGUGUACCGGAAUUCGUGUGUGCUCCAGCAAGUCAAAACGAAACGCAAAAAUGAAAGACGUUACGCCCAAAACCCGUAACAUCCUAUCGAACGUGAAUCCACCGUCCGAGCUGCCCAGCUUCAUUACGGCGAACGUGGCAACAGCUGGUACGGAGAUUGUGCCUCCAUCCACCAGCAGCACCAAUCCCGCGGCCAUUGUUGAUGAUUCAGCGAAGAAAGAUGAAACCGAACCAUUCAUACCGACCAAAUUUAGUCCGGCAAUUCCGGCCAGCAAAGAUACGUCGCAGUUUACCGCAGAACAGGCAAUGGCUGCGGCUGGUGUACUUCCGGCCGAACCGACACCGGAACCAGUUGGGCGAGACUUCGCGAAUAUGAUACUGAACCCGGAACCGGUUGCCGCUGCACUGAGUCCAAUUACGCAGGGCGGAUCGGCAUUGUUCGGGUGGAUGAAGGGUGCCGUGUCGGGGAGCGGUAUACUGCAGAAGGUGGCCGAGAAGGCAAAGAAUUCGGUCGACACGAUCGUUACCACGCUGGAUCCACAGAUGAAGGAGUACAUAAAUUCUGGUGGAGACACGGAGGUGAUCGUGGCAUCGGACAAGGACGAAAAGGUGCGUCCGGUACGGGAAGCAUUUCAAAACGUAUUUGGCAAGGCCACCAUUAUUGGGCUACCAGCUCAAGCGGUUGGCAUUGCGGCCCAACCGGUUGGUUUUGCGGCUGGGCUAAAGGGUGCUGAACAUCGCAUCAACAGUAUUAGGGCGGAAAAUCCCCGGGUCGAUGACCAUCUCCCAGUGCUGGCGGUAGAGAAUUUCGUCGUAGAACUGUUCCCUGACCAAUGGUUCGAGGCCGGUGCGAUCGUGUUGUUUGACUACGCGAAAAAUAUUCUCCUCAAAACGGUCACACAGAUGACGCCCAUUCCGUUGCCCGUCAUCGCAGCGCUGCAAGCCGAUACGCCGGAAGAUUAUAUGCUGAAGGAUACGGGUUUCGCUACCACGGUCGGUAGCGUUAUGGCAAGAAAUUUAAAUACCUCACACACCGACUGGCACCGGUCGUACACAUCGGUUUCCCGCUCGGAGAUGAUACUGACCGCGGCAAAAACGAUAGCGACACUCUACAAACGAGCCGUACUCGACUACGAACACACGGUAGCGGCAGCCGCCACAACCCAACAGGAUCCGAUGCAGGUGGAGAGCAGCGUCGUCACCGGUGGCGGCGGAGGACCCAUCGAACCGGCGGAAUAAGAAUUAAUGUUCACCAUCAUUACGGCUUGCCACCACUGUAAUCACUACUGAACGGAUGACUGAAGCGGAUGGACAAACAUGAAUUAAGCACACUAGACCGUGGGAGAACGAGAGAGAGAGAGCCAGGGUCGAAAGAUAUCGAAAGAGUUAGAAUCGGUUAAAGUUUUUCGCAACCUUCGCACCAGCGCUGGAGGUUUUAUAAGGUGAUUGUAAAAAAGCAACGAGGACCAGCAAAACAUUGAUGCCCGUUGGGUAGAAGGGAUCUCCUAUCCGGGGGAUCCUAUCCUAUAAUUUUUUUUUCUCUUCGGAGACCCCAAUCGCUCCCAUACGGACCUGACAGAUAUAAACGGCCGAACGGAUCCGGUGAACCUCAAAACGACAGGACUGGGGGACGAAAGAAAACGCAUAAAAGUUUUAAUGUGUUCUCGGCGGGAGAUUCUCCGCUACGUCGACGACGGUGUAGAAUAUCGGCCCUCCCAGAAAGAUUCCUUACCGGAAAGGAAAAUCGGCAUGAUUUUCAAUUUAUUGAUUUGACCCAUGAGAUUUCCUUGCGCUUAGAGUUUACACAGUUGGAGGUGGAAUGCAGAGUUCGGAUGCCCUUCGAUGAAUCUCGUGUAGUAGAAGGACAGAACGAUGUCUUGGUUCUUCCCCCAUUUCCCCAUUUCUGUCAGGAACUAAGACGCAAGGCGAUCAUUUUAAUUUCUAGAGCGAAAGAGAGAGAGUGAGGGUGCGCCUAUCAAAAUUAUGAGCCUAGUUUAUUAUAGCACUCGUUGAAACUGUAAGCCUAUUAUCGUAAUAAUAACCAGUAAUAAAAGUAACGCUAUAUACGUUCGAAAUAGCAAAA